AUGGCGAUCACCAAAGAAUAUGUGGAAGAGCUAUUGAACAACAUAGCUCUCCGCUACAGGGGUCCAGGAGGUGCUAUCGCGGUCGUCAAAGAUGGCGAAGUCAUUGGCCAACGUGUCUGGGGGUUCGCCGACCUGGAACAACGGAUCCCCUUGACAGCUCAAACACAAAUGCCGAUCUGCUCAAUUACCAAACAGUUUGUUUGUGCACUGUUACUGGAUUUGGAACGCAAUCCGCCUCCAGUAUUGGCUGCCAAGGGCGAUGUUCGAAAACAGUUUUCAGAUCAUCUCACGGAAAUCCUCAGUCCGGAGCUUACUGCUAACGAUGAACUGACGAUCGAACGACUAUGUGACAUGCAAUCUGGUCUCCGCGAUUAUUGGGCGAUGACCACACUCUGGGGAUCCAAGCCUGACGACGAGUUCUUGAUGGCCAGAGACUGCGGUUCAGUGAUCGCGCGAACCAAGUCUUUCCACUUCCAGCCAGGAACAGAAUUCUCGUACUGCAAUUUCAAUUUUUACAUAGUUGCCCGAGUAAUUGAGCGAGCUACAGGAGAAUCCCUUGAGAAAUUGCUGGAAGAACGGAUCCUCCGCCCAGCUGGUAUGAGCACGGCAUUCCUAUGCCCAGACACCGCAAACCACCCACCGCCGUGUGUGGGCUAUGAAGGAGAUGAGCAGCGGGGCUUGUUCGCGGCGAAAAACCGAAUAGAAUGGUCUGGGGAUGCUGGUCUAGUGGCUUCACUCACCGAUAUGAUCGCGUAUGAAAAAUAUCUUGAUCGCUGCUACGCCGAUCCACAAAGCUGGUAUCAUACUGCUAUCGCCACACCAUAUUUCAAAGACGGUACUAUUGCCAAAUAUCGCUAUGGAUUGGGUCACACUCAGAUUGAUGGUGUGCACACGAUGGGACAUGGGGGAGCGUUGCGAGGUUAUCGACUGCACCGGCGCCACGCGCCACGCGAGCGUCUCUCCGUUGUAGUUAUGUUCAACAGCGAUUCUGAUGCAUCCGGCCCGAACACUGAGAUCUUCCGAGACCUGUUGAAGGCUCCUAAGCCCAGUACCGUUGCCUUUCCACCGCUUCCGGACUGGUUUGGCGUGUUUCUUGACCAAGACACCCAGCUGGCAAUUGUCGUCACCAAGAGCCCACGCGAUGGAGAAAUUGCAAUCAGCUAUGCCGGCUCCCCAGAAACCGUCAAGCUCACUGCGCCAAACCAUGGGAAAUCCAAUUCCAUGGAAGCGACAAUCAAUGGAAAUUCGUUGAGUAUCCACCGUUUGGGAGAUAAUCGGAUACUCAGUGCUCAGCGCAUUGUUCCGAAGGAAUCAAUACUCAAAACGACGUCUUUCCAGGGUUUCUACCACUGUGCUGAGACUGAAUCUACCUUCCAUUGCACCGGCGAUGCAGGUAUGCUAUAUGGCGCAUUCGAUGGAUAUCUCGGCCAAGGAAAUGCUACCCCAAUGAGAUAUCUAGGAGACGAUGUCUGGUUCUUGACAUGCCCACGUGGCUUGGAUGCACCGGCUCCUGGAGAUUGGACCGUGGUAUUUCACCGUAACGAGAGUAAUGUAGUUGAUGGGUUUACGAUUGGUUGUUGGUUGGCUAGACGGGUUGACUUUAUGAGGAUCGUCUAA